UACACUCCUCCCCGGCGCUCCAAACACCCUGCACUUUUACAAUUAAAGCGAAAAGCCCGAGGUUGUCCGGAUUGCGUCGCUGCACGGUCGCAGGAAUUAUUAUUUUACUGCAUACUGAACUACAUUAUUCCGGGCUUUUUUUUUUUUGUGGGUGGCUGCCACCUUGUCCUCCGGUUUAACGGGAUACUGCAGGCUGUAUGGAGGGAUGUCGGCAUGGCUUGCACCAGGAGAACCAAAACUUUGGUGUCGACAUGCGUGAUCCUGAGCGGCAUGACCAACAUUGUGUGCCUGCUGUAUGUUGGAUGGGUUACUAACUACAUCGCCAAUGUGUACAUCAAAGUCCCCAUGCCUGUAGCGGAGAAAAAGUUAGAAGGUGACAAAAGGGGUGACACUCUCCGGAUCAUGGAGAGGCUGGACCGACUGGAGACUGUGGUCAACCAGCACAUACAAGAGACUCCAGGGAGGGGAGAGGACGGUCAGGCGGACACUUCAUUCUCUGACUCAUCGCUGUUUGCACACUGGGGUCAGGAGCUGGGUCCGGAGAACCGCAGGGUGGCACUGAAGAUGUUCCAGUACUACGGCUAUAAUGGCUACCUCAGUGACCGUCUCUCAUUAGACAGGCCAACACCAGACCUCAGGCCUGAUGGGUGCAGAAACAUUACAUAUCCUUUAAACCUCCCUCAAGUGAGCAUUGUGUUCAUUUUUGUGAAUGAGGCCUUGUCUGUCAUCCUGCGGUCCAUUCACUCCGCCAUCAACAGGACGCCCACCCAUCUCCUUAAAGAGAUAAUCCUGGUAGACGACAACAGCAAUAACAAUGAGCUAAAGGAGAAGCUGCAGGACUUUGUGUCAGAGACGAACAGCCAGCGUCCAGGAUUCAUCAAGAUGGUGCGGCACUCCAAGCAGGAGGGUCUGAUCCGCUCCAGGGUGAGUGGGUGGAGGGCUGCCACCGCUCCAGUUGUUGCCCUGUUUGAUGCCCAUGUCGAGUUCAACGUAGGCUGGGCCGAGCCUGUUCUCCAGAGAAUUCAGGAAGACAGAACGCGCAUCAUCUCCCCAUCAUUUGAUAACAUCAAGUACGACACGUUUGAGAUUGAAGAGUAUCCGCUGUCUGCGCAGGGCUUUGAUUGGGAGCUGUGGUGUCGCUACCUCAACCCACCCAAGUCCUGGUGGCACAAGGGCAACAAGAGUGCUCCCAUUCAGAGCCCGGCCCUGAUCGGCUGCUUUGUGGUGGAUAGGCUUUACUUUGAGGAGAUUGGUCUGCUGGAUGAGGGGAUGGAAGUGUACGGAGGAGAGAACGUGGAGCUCGGCAUCAGGGUGUGGCAGUGUGGGGGCAGUGUGGAGGUCCUGCCUUGCUCUCGCAUCGCCCAUAUCGAGCGCGCACAUAAACCCUACACAGAGGACCUGACGUCUCAUGUGCGACGCAACGCCCUCCGAGUCGCCGAGGUCUGGAUGGAUGAGUUUAAAAGCCACGUGUACAUGGCCUGGAACUUACCUCAGGAGGACUCAGGGAUAGAUAUCGGCGACAUCUCUGAGCGGAAGGCUUUGAGGAAGAGGCUGCAGUGUAAGACGUUCCGGUGGUACCUGGUCAACAUCUACCCCGAGAUGAGGAUGUACUCCGACACCAUCGCAUACGGAGUACUAAAAAAUUCUCUGAAGAGUGAGCUGUGUCUGGACCAGGGGCCCGACUCUGACAACGUCCCCAUCCUCUACCUGUGCCAUGGGAUGACACCUCAGAAUGUGUACUACACCAGCACUCAGCAGCUACACGUCGGGCUCCUCAGUCCCACCGUUGACGACGAUGACAACAAGUGCCUGGUGGAUGUGAAUAGCAGACCGCGCCUCAUUGAGUGCAGCUAUGCCACAGCCAAACGCAUGAAGCUCCACUGGCUCUUCACUCAGGGAGGAUCCAUUCAGAACAGGAAAUCAAAGAGAUGCCUAGAGCUUGUAGCAAGCAGUGACAACGAGUUUGGAUACCAACUGGCUCUCCAAAAAUGCACUGGACAGAAAUGGUUCAUCACCAACACACUGCUUAGCAGCUCCUUAUGAUGGAGACUCGACACUGGAGCGAGUAGCACACUGGGCUGGACGGAGUGGUUUGGGUUUGUGUUUGUCUGGGUGUCGGGGUGAGAGGAGAAGAGGAGGAGGGAGGCCUGUGAGAGGAGGGGAGAGGAGAGCAAUGCAUGGACAAACACAUCCACUUGGAGCGCCUGAUGUCCUCAGAGAAGCAGCUGACAUCACAUGAUAAAUGUUAAACAUUUUAUUUUACCUACAGGAUCAGCCAUAGUUGGCAGAUAUUUUCCAUUGCCAGAUUUGACAAUGUAGUAUAUUAAGUAUAUUUUGUGGCAAAUAUAGUCAGAUUUUAUGUUGACUUCAAAGUUGUACUGGGUCCAAUAUGUUUUUUUUUGUACUUUACUCAUAAUUGCUACUAUGUAGCAAUCUUUCAGAACCUGUCCCUGCUGUAAUUAUUAUUUCUAGUGUCUCAGGUUUGUAGGUUUAUUAUGCGAUUCAACUGUACAGUUGUGGGGAAAUGUCCACAUGUUGGAAUAUA